AUUCAUCUUUUCUUUGGUGUCCACGUCCCCUUGCUGUCCGUGCUCCUACCCGGCUGCGAUGUGUUACGCGCCCCUGCCUUAGAAAAAAACAGACAAGGAUAACUUCAUAGAAAUGGCGGAGGGUGCUACGACUCUCAAAGGCUUGCGAGCCCAAAUGGCUGCAGCUGCACAGGCACAGGCCGAGGAGCGGCGCAGCCUGUCCGGGAACAGUCCAGGACCUACAACCAACGCACCAGCUAAACCUCAGGGGUGUAGGCCAGUCAUUGACGGUGCCACACUUAGAAUAGACGACCGACUGCGAGUGGCAAAAGAGAGGCGAGAAGAGGCAGACAGACAACAGGCUUUGAGAGAGUCUCAGAUCAUGGAGCGGGAGCGAAAGGCCAAGCAGCAAGUGGAGCGUCAGAUGGAGGAGCGUCAGAAAAAGGUUGAGGAACAGCGAAGGAAGGAGGAGCAGAAACGACUGGCUGCAGAAGAGAAGAGGAAGCAGAAACAGGAAGAGGAAAAGGAGCACUACGAGGCAGUGAUGCGGCGGACACUGGAGCGUAGUCAGCGAAUGGAGCAGAGGCAGAAAAGAUGGUCCUGGGGAGGGCUGUCCACAGACUCAGAUGGACGAACAGAGCUAUCUUUUCCCUCAGGAGACUCUGAUGCCGGCGCCUCAUCUCCAGUAACAAUAAUUAUAUCCCCUGCCUCGCCAGAAAAGCCACCAAGGAGUCGACAAGUGGACAAGCGUUCCACAUCCACCAUGAACCUGAAACAGCCGCCUGAGGCUGGCAUCAGCAAACGCCUAUCCUCCUCCUCUGCCACCCUCAUCAAAUCUCCUGACAAAAGGGUUAAGCCAAGGAGUUCGUCUUGUAACCGGUUGCCUAACAACAGCAAUGCUGCUCAGGCCAGUAAGGAAGAUGGCAAAAAGCUUCAGUUGGAACAGACAGGCCAUUCCAUGAAGAAGAGAAGUUCCUCCCUCACACGAGUAAGUGUGGGUAGAGCACAGACCCCUGCCAAGCCUGAUAAGGGGACAACGGAUGAGCAAGCUCGCAGGCCACCGACUAGCACUGUGGACGGAGGGGUCCUUAGUCGCCUGCUCACUCCCACCCAGGCCUCACUAGCUAGGAGCAAGAGCGCCGCCGCCCUGUCAGCAGAAGGAAAAGAUGCUCCAGAGUGUCACCUGUGUCCUCGCUCAGCCUCUGCCAGUCCCCUGCACCCACCGCGUGGACCCGUGCGCAGCCGGAGCAUUGACCGACAGAAGAGCGGCAUGACCACCUCUGUGUCGGCCGACGGAGCCCUCGGCUCUUCGCUGAAAGACAAGCAGUUAACAUCGCCUGGAGGGCAGCGUCCUGCCUCCCCAUCUACCCCCCUGGGACGUAACCGUUCACCUUCCCCAGCCCCCAAUCCAGCCCCAAAGAGGACCCCGUCCCCAACAGCAGCCAAGCAGAAUUCGAAGACACGCCCACCCUCACCUGGUGCAAUGAAACAACGUCCCCCAUCCCCCCAGCCCACAUCAGCCAAACCACCACCUAUCCAGAAACCGGCUCUCACUCCAACAGGGCCUCCCACCUUACGAAAGAGGGACUCCAAGUCCAAGGAUCUUUGUCCUGUCCAGCCUGGGUCUCCGCAGUCCUCUGACUCUAGCAAGACCAAAGACAAAGAUGACUCGAAAGCCUCGGCAGGCACCAACUCUGCUGCUGAGGCUGCCAAGAUCCUGGCGGAGAAUCGCAGACUGAUGCGAGAGCAGAAAGAGAAGGAGGAGCAGCUCAGGAUACAGCGUGAGGAAGAGGAGAAGCUUAGAAUGGAAGAAGAGAAGCGCUUAGCAGAGGAGGCUCGACUGAAACGGCUGGAGGAGGAAAAGAAGCUCGCAGAGGAGAGAAAAAUUAAAGAAGAGGAAGAGGCCCGUCAAGCAGAGGAGGAUCGGGUGAGACGGGCAGAAGAGGAGGCAGCGAAACAGGCUGAGCUCCAGAGGGAACGGGAGGAGGCUGAGGCCAAGGCCCUGGAGGAGGCAGAAAGAGUCCGUCAAGAGAGAGACCGCAUUAUGCAGCAGAACCAGCAAGAACGAAUGGAGAGGCGGAAGAGAAUAGAAGAGAUUAUGAAAAGAACAAGAAGAGGAGACCAGAAUGAUCUGAAGAGAGAUGCAGGCGAUGAUGAUAAAUGCUCCCAGGAGAAUGAAGAGGAGGGUUUGAACCAGACAAACUCUGAUCAGAUGGAUGAUAUGACCAUGGAGGCCAACGCAGAUGAGUGCGAUCUGUCCACUGGUGAGCCGGUGGAACAGCGACAGGAGCCCCUGGGCAGCGUGAAUGGAAAACCAGAGACAGACGACAAGGAGAAUAACAAUGGCAUAAGCACAGAUGAGACUCAGGCAGUGAGUCCAGUCCCCAAGGGCCACCUCGUCGAGGGCUCAGAGUUCCUGAAUGAGCAGGGCUCCGCCAAGGUGGGGUUGGUUUCGGGUCUUAACGGCAAAUCCGGCCAGUGGAGCUUUGAGGAACUCAUUGAUCUCAACGUCCACUCCAAGACUCGGCCCCUCAUCAAGGCAGAGGACUGUGAUCAGGUCUUGAUUAACUGUGAAGGGAGCUCAGAUGGACCCAGGGUAGCCUUCGAGGACAAGGGAACCCCCGUCAACACCCUGCAUUCCUCUAAUCAACCCAUAGAAGCCCUGUCAGAGAUCUGAUGCUGCAGCCAUUGCGGAGAAGCCUCUUACUGCACUCGUAAAGUUCCCGUCUCCCUGAGCUCCUUAAAAGUAGAAAAGUUCUCUCCCAGUUACAGUUUCCUCCUCUUUCUCCUCCUCCUCCUCCUCCUCUUCCAGAAGGAGGAACACAAGAUGAAGUGGAAAGACCACCCCUAGAGCUACAUUUGCACCAUAAACGAUGAGGAAACAAAUAUAUCAAAAUUAUAUAUAUAUAUAAAAAAAAUAUGUUUGCUUCAGGGAAAUUCUAUAUAUUCCUUCAGUGUGCUUGCUUCAGGUUUCUUUUUCCGCUUCCUCUUGUGUUUAGUUCUUUAGACUUUUUUUCUAUGUCGCAUCCAGUUUCGAUGAUGUUUUUUAAGAGUUGUAUUCAUCAGGGGUGCAUUGUUGUAAUUUAUUAAUUCUGGCUUUAUUGUUAUUGUAAUUAUUGUUCUAACGUGUUUAGUCUGUUGGGUUUUUUUUUUUUUCCUCUCUCUCACGUACGAGAAUAUUCCAGGCUGUCUGAAUUGAAUAUGAGGCUACUAUUGUGAGUGAAAGGAAGGUUAAUACAUUCUGUUGUGUCGGUGGUCAGGUGGGGAGUGCAUACCAGGUUUUGCAUGUGAUUCAUCCAAAUUUACUUGACCGGCUGCAUUUCUUUGUAGCAUCCAGCAAAUAUGGCCUUAACAUUUUUUCCCAACCUUGAAUUUUUAAGAGUGAAUAUUGUAAAGCACUUGUGCUGAAGCUGACACACGCACAGUUAAGCAAACCAUCUUUUCAUGUGCUUAUUCGUGCUUCACUCAUCUCUGUUCCUUCAGCCUCAUUUUUCAGGCAUGAAAUACACACCCAUCUCGCUGUGGCUUCUCCCACUGUGUGAUUCCUGCUUUUGCCCUCUAGGGGGCUUCAGGAGCACAGCUCCAACUGCUAUGAUUGAAGCUGAUAAGUGCUGAUUCAAACUCGGUUGUGAAUUUGUGUAUUCGGUGAAGUUUCAGCAAUGUGUUCAUUUGGGGUUUAUGGGCCAUUUAGGUUUUUGUUCAUUUUUACACAUGUAUAUUGAAUUUAUGUUUACUAACUACGCUAUUGUAAUUAACAUCAGAAUCUGGUCGUUUUAGUCUAAUCUCCAUGUCCAACCAUCGCUAUCACAUAUUAACUUGAUACACAGGCAAAGUCCAUUAGUCUCAUUCGUAGCUGCUUCUGAUUGUCUUUGUGUUCAUUACUGAAUUGGACUUGAAUGUUCCGUUCUAACUAAAAUCAGAUUUUCACUUCUCUGGUAGCUUUAACAACACAACCACACACACAUUUCCCCUGCUAACCUUCUUCCGAGGUUCCCAACACACUAGCUGCUACACCUGAUAAAAUGCAUUUCAACUAGGUUUUUAUAAUACAAAAUUUGGCUGUUUGUUUACGUAUAUAUAAAAAAAAUCCUUUCUACAUAUAUUUAAGUGUUACUGUAUUUUGUAUAUAAUCAGUAUUAGGCAAAUUAAGCCAUGUUUAGGAUGGAGUGGUGGCAGGAUGUGGAUAAUUGAAGCACCUGUGUGUGACUACGAUAUGUUAGGUUUCUGUUGGACUCAUGUGCUGUGACAGGGUAGUCGGGUUACGUUUGGGCAACCUGAAACCUCAAAAUUUACAUUAAGUCCUCUUCCACAAGAGUUCUGCAAAACAAGGGGCCAAAUGGGGACCCAAUAUAUAUUUCUCAAAAUAUGUUGUGUUUAUUUGUGUGUAUGUUUGAGUGCUUUCAGCCCUUUAACCCCCAGCCCUGGUUCUGAAUAUUGCCUCACAGAAACUUAAGUCAACAUUUUGGUAGCAAGUUGUUACAGCAACAUGUCUGACCCAUGACGGGAGUCAUGGCUGUGCCUCUGUGUUGCUUUUAAUGUCUUCAAAAUGUAUUUUAUGUAAUAUCAAAGUAUGCGGGGAUGCUGUUUAACAGUUAUGGAAGACAUAUCAAUUCAGGUCGCAGAUUUUCUACUUUGAAGCGUGAGGCACCAAACAAAAUACGACAUGGGUCAGACUUGUUUCCACAUUGUUUUCUGUCUCUUCUCUGAUCUUCAGUGAAUUGUGUUAAAAGUCUUGAAAUCCCUUAUGCUUGAACAGUCUGAGCACGAGGUUUGGGGACCUUGAUUUUUGCCUUGUUCUCUGCUGGCUUUCAUACCCUCUUGCUAACUAAAAUUUCUUUGUAUAUAAAGCCAAGGGGCUUUUGAUGUUAGCUUUGAUUAAUAUAAGCUCAAAGAAUGUAACAGACUCCAGAAACCGUCCUUCAUUAUUUACUAUGUCUGCCAGAGCUGCCGGCUUUUAUCGUUCAUACAUUAUUCAUUUAGAAAACAUGAGACUCUUUGCACUGUCACAAAAGUACUCGCUGUGUUUAAAGGAUGGUUAUCCAGGAGUAGCUUUACUGUACAUACUCAUAGGAGAGUUGUGUGAAAAUUUUUUAAUGAAGUUAAUUUGUCUGCCCCCCCGAAAACAUUUCUACUCCCCUCUCCACUCGUGAGUAGCACCUGUUGGGGGCCUGUUGUAGCUGCUGCUUGAACAGAUACUGUAUCUAUUCCAGGUCCUGCUGCAUCUUUGAGGGCUCGAGUGCAGAGCCGACUGCUCUUACAGUAGGAUAGAAAGGUGCCUUAGAGAUUUAGUAUUUUUAUUGUAUCACAGUUAACUAAGAAAGCUUGUCCUUACCUCGGCCUCGACAAUCAGUCUACCCAACCAGGGCAACUUUGUGAAUAUGCAUAUUUCUCUGGAAGAUGUAGAAUCCUAACCACGCCCUGUCCACAAAUAAAAUUUGUACUGUAAAUUUAUCUAAAGCGUACUGAGAUGAUACAAACUGUUAAAACAAUAAAGUCUUGCAAAAUA